CUCGCGAGAAGAGUGUUUGGAUAUUCGGGAAAUUCCGCGAGCGUGCGCAGUUGAUAUGUGUUGCUCAAUGUUUUUGUUUUAGCCUAGCUCUCUUGCUGUUCCUGGUAGGCGAAGUGAAUACAAAAUGGAAAUGUCAGCUCUGUUAGUUAAUGUUAUAUCUCUUCUUUUUGCCUCAGUAACGUGCACAGAGUCGUCGCCUAGGCAACUGAAUACGGAAAACAUCCUGAUUAAUGUGACGGCAGGGACACUGGCGGACACACAGCUGCAGGACUCUAACAACUUGCAGAUCAAUUUAAACAUAUCGGUGGGGGAAGAGCAGGUGCUGGUCAAUGAUAUCCCAGUAGAACUAUCAGGGGUCACCAGGUUCAACUUCCAAGCGCUUCUCUUAGAUGGCAUCAAUGGAAGCAGUGAGUUUGAAUCUGGGGACUUGGUGUCCACUGUCACCCGGGUGAUGGUGAGCCAGAACCGGCUAUACAGCGACUCAGAGGAGGUGGUGGCUCUGCAGGUGUUCAGUGAAGUAAUAGAGAUGGAGGGCAAACAGGUCCAGCAGCCUGACAUGUGUGAGGUGAAAAUACUGAUGAGCCCAGAUUUCCAGAAGCUGGCUCAGUUUACCAACAUCUACCCCAUCGGACACAGUGAGAUCUUCAGGGUUCCCAGGGAGAACGAUGUGGUGGUCACUGACCCACCAAAUCCUAGGAAAGACGAAGAACAGCUGAUCUCCCAGACCACUAGCCAGUACCCCCUGAAGAACACAGAGACCACCCAGGAGGAGAUCGCAGCCCCGGGAAAGCUCCCAGAGACUCCACUUCGUAUGGACCCCGACCUCCUGUAUGAUGUCAGAUACGAUGAUGAGUUUGAUGCCAGAGAGCCGAGCCAGCCGGAUCAGAUUCAGAUGGAAACUCCGCCCAAAGAAUUGUUAUCAUCGUACUCUGCCAUGUGUCAGUGGGUGGAGGAAGUGAGGGAGCGUCUCAGGCGCUUCAGCUCCGAGUCGCUGCCUCUUUUCUUCCUGGUCAUGUGGGUGGUGGUGAUCGGCGUUGUCGGGUCGGCGGUCAUCGUCAAGAUCUUGGACAUGUUCUUCCCAACUUGUGAACACAAACACAUCUUUCACCUAAACCCUGUCACUCUAAUGCCCGAGGAUGAGAAGCACACUCUGCUGGAGAACGUAGAAAUCGAGGCAGAGGAAGAAGAGGAAGAGAAGAAGCCUUGAAUGAGGGUUGACUUAGCCAGCUCCUUUAUUUUCAGUUUGUUCUUAUUUGUUUUUCAACCUUGGUUACCCGGUUACACUUUCAGCAUGGCCUGGUUUUGUUGUUUGCUUAUAUUCAAAAAUGUGUGAAGCAGUAGGUCGUGUUUCACUUCAGUUGACCCUUUAAGCACAGCAGCCAUGCAGCAGGAGAUCGUUUAAUGGCUGGUCCACCUCAAAUUUAGUGGCAUGAUCAAAAUGGGAAAGAAAGUAAGUGAUUCCUAGUGCUGAAUCUCAACCUCCCACGUUGUGAUGUCAGCUGUGAAGGUGCUGGUUAGCUGUCAGUCAGGGUGUUAACCUAAGUCUGUGCAGUCCAACUCUUUGCUCCUGUGAUUGGUCAGAUUGAGUUCAUGAAAAGUCACUUUUUAGCCAGUCACAAAUGACUGUGCUUUUACGGUAACAAGUUACUAGAAAUGACCUAAUUGGGUACUUUUGCUUUACCCAGGUCGCGUCAGACAGCUAGCCUGCAUAAUAUAUAUCUCGUUUGUUUAAUAUGUACCAAAUACAGUGUAAAAAGGAUUACGUUCCAGACUAUAUCUGGCACAGUGACUUCCUCCGAAGCUCACCAUGAGGUUGCCAGGCAUCCUGCAAAGACUCCAGGAAGUCACUGCUUGAUCCUUUUCAUCCAACGUCAGGCAAAAAAAGUCAAACUGUUCCUUUAAGCCAUUCUCAAAGUGCUGAGGAACAGAGGACACCGAAGACGAGCAGGUAUAACUAUACUGUAGGCUUAACUAAUAAAUAUGAACAAACUGAACACUUGAGGGACUGCAUCUGAUGAUUUAGUCUUUAUGUGCACUGAAAAGACUUUCUAGAGGUCACACUUUCUUCUCACACUGAAACAAAGUUUUUUUGUUUUUUUUUUCUCCCAAAUGAUACCCCACUGCAAGAACACUAAGGCAGCACAUGCACUAAAAUGACUUUAUUCAGUAUAUGUAUAAUGUAUGUAAUAUGAGGCAUCUUUGUCAUCCUUUAAGUGAAGAGAAGGAUAAAUAAUUAUAAUUGGAGUUGUUGUUACAGAUAGGUCGGAUGAAGUAAGGUAAAAUGAUGCACAUAACUGUCACUGUAAAAUGUCAUUACAAAUCUGGUGUCUGCACAUUUUGUGAAUACUGCCCCCAGACCCCCACCCCUCUUCUAAACUCUGAAUGUCACGACGGAAACCCCACCCCGCUUUAAGGCCUGCUUUCCACUAUUGAGGCUCAAAUAUUGAUAUUGAUUGUCUUCUUUCACAGUGCCUCAGUGACUCUUUCUGGGACUUUAUCAGUAAACGGAAGGGGGGGGGGGUUAUAAUUGAUUUUCUUUAAUCGUGUGUGUGUGUGUGUGUGUGUGUGUGUGUGUGCGCACGCACGUGUUUUCCUGUCGCUCAUAAUGGAGAAUGUAAAUUAGGUUGUUCUGAUUGUCUGUGCACUCUAAACAUAUAAGACAACUACUGCUGAGACUGAUGUAAAACGGUGUGUGCACCAAACAUUCAUUGUGUAAAUUAUUGUUCAAGGAAACAAUCUGCACUUAGUUUAGAAUCAUGGAGUGAAAACUGGACUUGACUGCAUGGAUGUUAGGUUAUUUUUUUUUUGUGGUGAAUCGUAUGAUUUAUGGGCACGAAUGACUUAGAUAACAAACACCACUAUCACUCCCGAUGUUUUUCACGAGGCUGUGUGCGAGGGGACCAAGCAGCUGGACACAAAGGCCAGUUAUUGGUAAAAAAAAAAAAACAUCAGCUUGUACAGCUGAGGUGGUGAUUGUGUCUCCCCGGGGUUCAGUUAAUCUGCAGAAUGCAUGCUGUACUGCGCAGAAGGUGCAUGUGUAGUCUAGCUAGUGAAUGCAGUUUUGCUGUUCUAUUAGCAAGUUAUACAUUAAAACAAGGAAACCGCAUGACGACUUAAAACAGCUCAACCUGAGUCGGGUUCAGUCUCAAAUUCCAAAUUGAUUAACUCAAUACAACAUGUCAGGCAUGGAUUCAUAUGUAAAACAACAACAAUGUAUUUUGAUUUGCUCUUUGUUUAAACGGUGGCAGACCCAGGUGUUAGUAUUUUGAGCCAUUCGGUGCAUAAAUUACAGCUGGACUGUGUAUUUGGGUCUAAACUCCUGCUGAUUAAUUAAAUGCUUUCCUUCAA